GUGAAACCGAAAACAUAAACGUAAUAUUAACAACCAGAGCGCAAUUUAGAACUUCCAUAACAAUUCUGUCGUCAUUAUUACGAGAUUGAGGGUAGAAGAAAUUCGAUAAUAUUGAUAUCCGGAGACGGCAACGCUUAGAAGGGAGCCAAAUAAGAAACUAUCACUUAAUAUGUGAGAAAAUGACAGCCAACAACUUCAACGUCUCAACUUCUGAAGCUAGUGAAGAAAUUGCUGUUACACUUAUUAUUGUUCUGUGUAUAAAUGUCUGUGUGUCAGCCAUUGGCAUUUGUGCAAAUUUGACGGUGAUAAUUGUGUUUAUAAACUGUAAAAUUUAUCGUAGUUCCUUCACAUAUCUAUUGGUGUUUCAACAAUCCAUGAUCGAUAUGAUAGCAAAUUGUUUCUAUUUCAUUUUAUUUUGUGUGUAUCCAGUUGCAGCUUGGAAAAACAAUGACAUAUACUGUAAAUUAAUCAUGCCACUGUUUCAGUUCGUUCUAUCUGCUUCGACGCUAAAUCUUCUUUUAAUUGCUGUGGAGAGGUACAUCGCAGUUGUGCAACCGUUGAAAUACUGGAUAAGAGGUAACAACAAAAGAAGCAUGUCACCGCAGUUGUGUCUUCCAUUCGUAGCUGCUUUUAUAAUAACAUUUCAAUUUGUCUUUAUAUAUGAAGGCAGUGACAGUUAUUUGUGUUCCAUUAGUUAUAAACACAGAAGCUUUAAGAUAUUGUCAGGUAUCAGUAUUUUUCUGUUAAAUUUGGUAUGCCCCAUUUGCGUUAUGACAUUUUGUUACUGUCGCGUUUACGUCACACUGCGAACACAAUCUAAAAUUCGAGCAGAAUUAACAAACAACUUACAAAAAUACACUACCACUACCACUACACGUUGUAAUGACAACAACGUACAGGAUUUUGAGAUCAACAAACUGCCAUUACAAUUCUGUCAGAUAGAUAAAAAUCAAAGAAAUUUCAUCGAUACUAUGUUAAUCAACACACUGAUAUAUAUUUUUUGUAAUUCUCCGGUGAUUAUUAUGUUUCUGGUUUAUACAAUUUGCGACUGCUUUGAUUUUAUGCCUUCCAUCUUUUCUUACAUUUUCACAAUUUUAGGGGUAAUAGGCACUGCAGCAAACCCGUUUGUUUACGCCUACAAAUUUAAUGAUUAUCGGGAUGGAUUAUCUAAAACAUUCUGUCGUCAAUCGUAGAGUGUUUUGGUGGUUUAUCAUCAUUAACAUCAUCAUUACCGCCUUCAUAUUCGUCAUUGUCAUUACUACAAUCUUUACCUUCAUAUCGUACGUUCAAGGUCGUCUUUUAACAGAACAUGUUUGAAAAGAGAGUAGGACUAAAUGUAA